GAUUUGUCAAGAAUCAAUACAGUUCGGCCAAAAUAUGGCUGAUAGUUUUCAAAUUGCCCGAAAACAAGAUUUGCCCCCUCCGGGGGGCUAUAAGCCCAUUCCUUUUGCAAGGAUUCCGGCGAAAAAAUAUUUUAAUGGGUAUACAAUGUUUGCCGGAUACUUGGGUAUAACAGCUGGUGCGCUAUACCUAUACAAUAUCAACUGGAAACAAGUGCAGAGGGACCAAAUAGAAAUGCGCUCGGCUAAGAUGGCGAUAUACCCUAUGCUCCUUGCGGAGAGAGACAGGGAAUACCUGAAACAGCUCCGUAGGAACAGGGAUGCUGAAACUGAGCUUAUGCGCGACGUUCCUGGAUGGGAGGUCGGUACUUACUACGGUGAGCGUGUUUACAAGCUCGUGCCUCCCGACGCGCUGGUGCAGCCCAUCUUCCACGAAUAUUACGCACACACCGAGCCCAAGGAAUGGUACAGACGCGCUUACAUCAAACUGCGAUCAUAAAUUAUUUUAACCAGUCUGUAUCACACAGCUUGGAUCCAUACAUUUAUUGAUUUUUGCCGAUGCUGGGUAUUUCGAAAAUAACUUGUGCUGUUCUCGAGGCAAUAGUCAGUAAAUGAGUUAGCGUAAUUGAAAAUUAAUAAAGUUAGAAGCAAUAUCUGUUUUUGAUUUAAA